UUUUUUUUUUUUCCCUUUUUUUUCCCACCAGCUUUGCUUUUCGGCCGCGGCACGGCGAGACGCCUCUCGACCGGUGGGGCGUAGGGGCCUGGCCGUUAGGCCAGCCUCCUGCUCCUCCUGCUGCUGCUGCUGCUCUGACUCGGACGUUGGCUCGUCGACGUUGGGUGGGCGGCCGUUGUCCCACAGUACGCUCUGGGCGACGGGCCUGCGUCGUGGCACGGACAGUCGGGCGACCGUGCGGCUCGCGUUGGGGAUGCAUAUGACGGCCAUGGUGGUGGUGACGGUGGCUUUCGACGCCGGAGAUUUUUCCGAAUCCUUCAUUUUCGGGGGCGGAGGGUUGUUUGGCAGAGGAUACACGCGGGUCUUAGCAGAGCCGCAAUCAAGGCAGGGUUGGGCUGCUCCGUUGGCGCCGGCAUGGCAGCACGCAAUGCGCGGCAGCGGCAACAGCAGCAGCAGUAGCAGUAGCAGUAGCAGUAGCAGUAGCAGUAGCAGUAGCAGUAGCAGUAGCAGUAGCAGUAGCAGUAGCAGCAGCAGCGGGUGGGGUGGGUUACGGGUAGCAGCCCGUGUAGAUCGAUCUGCGAGGGGGGAUGGGACGAUCGCGGAAAGAACGUGGGCUCCCCCUGAGAUUGACGGCGGCAGAUAGAUUGCAGAGGGUCGCGCGCGGCGUGGCCCGUCACCACGACUCCCCGGCGAGCUUAAACCAACCAUUGCACGCCAAAGCGAAAGCGAGGCGGCGGGCGGGUGAGGCAAUACAGAUGCCAAGCAGGAGCCUGGGGCAAUGAAGUUACACUCUCGCACGGCACAGGAAUAAGCAAGCACGGUC